UUAAGUACGGUGCUGGGAACUUUAGCUUUGGCGGCGCGGCUUGCACCAUGGAUCUGCGCGCACUGGUUGGGGCAUUCGGCUUCAUUUUACUGAGCACCCCUUUUCCCGUGGACGCCGAUGUUUCGACCGGGGCUCGGGUGGCCGAGAGGUGUUACUGCGAGCUGGAGAUGUCAGACGGGCCAUUCCCAUGGCGGCGCUUUGAGCAACUAUUUUCACUCAGCGGUAACUGUAGCCUGAGCCUGAAUGGCGAGCAGUUCAAGGAACCUGUUGACAUUAUUGCUGACAUUGAGCAAAGACUGGAGAAGCUUGUACACCGGAUAAAUGCACUUGAGGAGGAAUAUGACGGUGAUCUGUACAGUAUUGUCUCAUAUCGGAUCAUCCAGAUUGAAUCUGCUGAGCUGACUGAUUUAGUUAACCAGCUUCAAGAAAUGAACUCUCGGAACCAAGGGAAUGUAGCCAGGUUUGCUGUGAAGGUGCAAAAUAUUACUGACGAGGUGGAUACAUUUGAAAAAUACGACCGACUUAAAGUAGUAAAAGAACAUAGAAGAAACAAGAUCCUGAAGAGGAGCCUGUCUUCUUGCCAGAGUGCACUGUUAGUGACACCAACGCCAUAUGUCACUCCACAACUAGGUUCUUGUUCAUUUGGAAAAUUAGUACACGUUUCUGAUCCAAAGAGUUCAAUGCUCAAUCAUUUUGGGUCAUCCUACCGAUACGGUUGUUGGGGGAUGGACCCAUGGCCGGCUCCUGGAAAAGAGGACCAAUAUUGGCUGAUGAUUCUCUCAAGUAGUAAUAGGUUUGGAACUAAGAUUCGGGUUUUCAAUUCUUACAGUAAAUUUCUCACCCACAGUGGUGCUGUUGAUGUGACACUUAAAACCCAUAACGCUCAAGGCUCUGGUGGAGUAAUGUAUAGAGACGCGUACUAUUACAACUGCUACAAUUUGGGUCAGCUCUGCAAGUUUGAUAUGACCACACAGGAGAUUUUCUCUGUCAAACUGCCUUAUGCUGGUUUUAAUGACAAGUUUCCAUAUUGCACAGUUUCUUCUUGUUAUGGGUACUCAGACAUGGAUCUGGCAACAGAUGAAAAUGGGCUCUGGGUACUUUAUGCAACUGAACUAAAUUAUGGAAACCUGGUUGUCAGUCAGCUCAAUGCAACUGACAUGUCAUUACUCAAUAGCUGGAACACCACUCUAUACAAACGAUCAGCAACCAAUGCCUUUUUGGUGUGUGGUAUUGUGUAUGCUACCAGAUAUUUGAAUUCUGAGUUUGAAGAGAUUUUUUAUAUGUUUGACACAACCACUGGAGUUGAACAGAAUAAUUUGGCUAUCCGGGUCCGAAAGGUCUUACCUGGCAUUCAGUACAUGAACUACAACCCGCGAGAUAAAUUGUUGUAUGUGUACAGUGAUGCCUAUGUUGUUAGUUACAGUUUAUUCUUUGCAUAGACCGUACUGAGGUUCCUGAGAUAAAUGCAAUGAAAUGAAACCAAAAACCAUAUGAAUUAAAAUAUAUUUUGGACUUAUUUUUAAAAAGAAAAGCAUACUUGGCAACCCUUAGAACAGCUUUGAGGAAAAAACAUUUCAAUCACUUCCUUAAAAUUUCAGUUAUAACUUUACGUACUACUUUGCACCAGUUUUUAAUUUGGAAUUUGCAGCUAAAAUGCAGAACGAUGAUAAGAUCUCAGAUUUUUUUUUUGGAGAAAUCAUAUUGGAUUUUGCAAACAAUCUAACAAUGUUACUGCCUGCUUUGUGCCUGUUGUACUGUUUAAAUUAAUAACAUAAUAUUUGUCUGGGAAGGAACUGGUGCUUACAGAUCCAAGAGCGAGGCAAGUCCUGUAGCUGAACUGUUAACAAGAUCUUCAGCAAUUACAUUGGCUUAUACUGUGUACAUGUGACUUGAAUCAAUGUGAAUCAGGUUGACACUUGUUGGGACUGGACUUGUUGCUUUGGCAGAGAACACAUCAGAGCCACACUAUUGAAAUGGCUAAGUUACUGGAACAGUUGCCAGAGGUCCGGAUCACUGAUCCAGAAACACAAGUUUCAAACCUAGGUUAUCUAAAUUUAGGGCACAAAAUAACUCAGGAAUUUUAAAGAUAAAAACAUAAGAUCAGUCGCUGCAGAUGCUAGAAAUCUUGAUCAGGGAGAAUCUAAGGAGGGAAAUAAGCAGUUGACCUUUCAGCCCAAAACCCCUAAUCAGGAGGGUUUCACCUGAAACAACGGUAGUUCAUUUCGCUCAGUAGAUGCUGCCUGACCUGCUGACUUCCUCCAGCAUUUUGUGUGUGUUGCAACAGAUCAGUAACUGUAGUCUCAAAACUGCCAGAUUAUCAUGUGAAAACUGAGGCCCUUUAGGAAGGAAAUCCGUGAUCCAUGCCUGAUCAGCUGCAGACAGACCAACAUGGUUAAUUAACUCUGACUGCCUUCUCCACUAGAAAAUAUAUGUUAGAUAUGGAUACAUGAGCAAAUAACCAGGGAAAAAACUUCCAAAAAUGCUGGCGAAGAAACAGGAGAUUGGUUAGUACACGUGAAAGAAGAAACAGGUAAUAGUUCAGGUCAAAGACCUGUUUUUCAGAAUGCAUCUGUCUGGACCAGAUACGUAACUUCUUGCAGCAACGGCCAGCUGACCUGCGCUUGAGAGGAAUUGACUACACAUGUUGGAUUCGAGUUGAGUGGGUUGAAUGUACAUUCAAAUACAGCAUGAUCUUUGCUGUACUCUGCUGAUCUAACACAGUGUUUUAUCAAAGUCAGGGUAGAAUUAUUACCUUAAUCAUCCCCUGUUCUGGAUCAAUAUUUGGUGCUGAAACUACAGUACAGGUUAAAAGCAUAUUUCAUUGAGAUUGUUAAGCCUACGGUGACAAUUGGAUCAGGUCUGGGAAACAAAAUUCCUCAAGCUCAGGUCAGGUUCUGGUUGGGUUUAAAUUCCGAGACCCAAGCAGACCCUUUGGCCACUCGUGUCUGUCUGGACUGAGGUCACAACUCACAUCCAUUCAGAUCGUUUGUACUACAUUGGCAGGAACUCAAGCCUGGUUUUUACUAAGUGUGUUAUAUAUUUUGUUGCUUGGAAUAUAAUACAAAAUGCAAGGUUUAGCAAAUUGGAACACAAACUGAGAUUGUAAACACAGCAUUUGGUGCAACUUUGCUACUGUAUUUUGGUAUUUAAAUACCUCACCAAAACCUUCCUUUCAACCCGCUGCAUUACUGUUCCUUCGGGAAAUAUGUACGUUGUUAAACUAAAAGCAAUUAAAUAUUAAA